AUGGAAUCCAUUAAUGUUGUGGUUGAUGAUUCAAUUCUUGUUAAAGGGACUGAUGUUAAUGAAGAUAUUGGAACAUCAUCUCAACAAACAAAUGCUUUUGAAAAUGUGGAAGACAUUAAGUCCAACAUUGAGCCAACAAGGACUGAAUCAGAUAACCUUCAAGCCAACAAAGGCCCCUCUAUCAGAAUUCAGAAAGAUCAUCCAAAAGAACUUAUUAUUAAGAAUCUUAAUGAAUGGAUCACCACAAUAUCCAAAGAUGUGAUAUCCAAUGCUUGCUUUGUCUCAAAUUUUGAACCUAAAAAUGUGAAGGAGAUUGGCUCGAGUAUUGCUAAAAGACUAAGGAAUAGAACAUGGAAGGAUGUUGCAUCUGCAAGAAAGCCAUCCAAAGCUCCCAAGAAAAGUGAUGUUGUUCGACCUGCUAAAUGUUGGAGCAACGUUAUAGCUCCUACUAAGAAAAAGAAGGAAGCACCGUCAACUGACUCUGAGUAUGACGUCGAACAGAAUGUUCAAGACAUCAUGCCUCUAAAGAAAUCUGGUGGGAAAAAGGUCCCUGCUAAUGUGCCUAAAGCUCCCAUUGACAACAUCUCUUUUCACUCUGUUGAGAAUGUUGAAAAAUGGAAGUUUGUGUACCAAAUAAGGUUGGCUUUGGAAAGGGAACUUGGCAAGGAUGCCUUUGAGUGCAAAGAAGUGAUGGAUCUGAUUAAAGAAGCAGGUUUGAUGAAAAGUAUGGAUGGUUUUGGCAAGUGUUAUGAGAUGCUUGUAAAAGAGUUCAUUGUGAAUAUUUCUAAAGAGUGUGACAACAAGAGGAGUAAGGAGUUCAGAAAAGUGUAUGUGAGAGGAAACUAUGUGGAAUUUUCUCCAAAAAUCAUUAGCAGGUUCAUGGGCAGAAGUGAAGACAAACAAGUUGAAAUGGAGGUAUCUAACAAGGACAUUUGCAGGGAAAUCACUGCAAAACAGUACUUCAUAGAAUUGGAGUUGCUAAUUGGGUUCCAACAAAUCAUACUUCCAACAUUGCUACAUGAUUGGUCUUUGGAUGAAACCAUCAAAACUUGCACUGAAAAGAAAAUCAUAUUGGAAAGCCUGAUAAAAGCUUUAACUGAGAAGGGUAUUGAUAGUAAUGUGGCUGGUGAUGUGGAAGAAGAAGAAGAUGAGGAGGAUGAGAAUGCUAAUUUAGAUGCUACUACUGAUGAAUAA